AUGUCCAGUAUACGUUGCAUCAUAGCAAUAGCAGCAUCCAAGCAAUGGGAUAUAUGGCAAUUGGAUGUAAACAAUGCGUUCCUCCAUGGUGAUUUGCAUGAAGAGGUGUACAUGAAGGCUCCUCAUGGUUUGUCCAAUCCUUCUGGCAAGAUCUGCUUACUACAAAAAUCCCUUUAUGGUCUUAAACAAGCUUCAAGGCAAUGGUUUGCAAAGCUCACUUCAGAAUUGAUUUCCCGAGGAUACACUCAGUCCAAAAAUGAUUAUAGUCUGUUCCUUAAGACAGCAAUGAUUCUAAAGGUUGUUGAUGAUAUUCUUAUAACAGGCAAUGAUUCUAAAGGUAUUUCUCAACUUAAGUCUCACCUUCAUCACAUCUUUACAAUAAAAGACUUAGGCAAACUUCAUUUCUUCUUGGGCAUUGAAGUUGGGUACACCACCUCUGGGAUAAGCCUCACUCAGACCAAAUAUACAAGAGAACUCCUUUCCCAUUGCAACAUUCAAGAUCUUACACCUACUGUCACUCCUCUUCCUCAAAACAUCAAGCUUCAUCAACAAGAGGGUGAAUUAUAUCAUGAUCCUACAUACUACAGAACUAUGGUGGGUAAGAUGAAUUUCUUAACUCACACUAGGCCUGAUUUGGCAUUCACAGUUCAACAUUUGAGUCAAUUUUUACAAGAACCCAGAGCACCUCAUGUUGCAGCCCUCCACCAUGCCUUGAGAUAUAUUGCUGCUACUGAAGGGCAAGGUAUCCUCCUAAAUAGUUCUGGACAACUUACCUUACAGGCUUUUAGUGAUUCUGAUUGGGCCGCCUGUCCCAACACCAGGAGAUCUGUUACUGGUUAUGUUUUGAUGCUUGGCUCUUCUCCCAUAACUUGGAAAUCUAAGAAACAAAGUACUGUCUCUAAAUCAUCAAGUGAGGCAGAAUAUAGAGCUAUGUCCUCUGCUGCUAGUGAAGUAACAUGGAUGGUCAGGCUCCUCCAAGAACUUCAGGUUCCCAUCACCAAACCAGUUAUCCUGCAUUGUGACAAUAUGAGUGCAAUUCACAUUGCAAGAAAUCCCAUAUAUCAUGAAAGGACAAAGCACAUAGAAAUAGAUUGCCAUUUCACAAGGGAGAAAGUUUUAGAAGGACUCAUUCAACUCACUUAUCUUCCAACAUCCUCUCAACUUGCUGAUAUAUGGGCACGGGCCGGAUCAGCAUAUAUGCACCACGAGCACAACCUGCUCAUUGCACGACAUUAUAAGAUAAUUACUAGAUACGACAUGACUUGA